AAUAAAUCCUUUAUUUUCCAAAAAGAAAAAAAAAACUGAGAUUCAGACUGGCUUCUUCCAUGUUUCACUUUUUUGCUUUCUUGAUCAAUUAAGGAGCAUUAUCGAUCAUUUACAGCGAAACAUAUGAACAGCUAAUGAUGGAUGGCAGCAAAGGGCCUUCUCAUUAUGUAAGGAUUGGGAAGGAAAAAGAUCCUGUUGAAGAUAUCACCCCCGGUGAACUCAAUCAACCUGUCAAUGUUCCUCAGUUAAUAGUCCACAGAUGCGGUGAAUGUGGACAACCCUUACCUGAAUCCUACGAGCCACCUUCAGAUGAAGACUGGACCACUGGUAUUUUCGGCUGUCUUGAAGACACUCAGAGCUGUAAGAUGGGUAUGUUUUGUCCAUGCAUAUUGUUUGGACAAAACGUAGAAACGGUGAAAGAAGAUGUGAUGUGGAACGAUGCAUGCAUGUGCCAUGCAAUAUGUGUAGAAGGAGGGAUGGUGGUUGCAGGUGCCACCAUGUUCUUCCAUGGCAUUGUCGACCUUAAAACUUCCUUCCUCAUCUGUGAGACCCUUCUUUUUGCUUGGUGGUUAUGUGGGAUUUAUAAUGGCUUGUUUCGUCAAUCACUACAAAAGAAGUAUCAUCUCAAGAACUCGCCAUGCGAUCCAUGCUUGGUUCACUGCUGCUUACACUGGUGUGCAAUGUGUCAAGAAUACCGAGAGAUGCAGAACCGUAUAAGCGAUAACAGUGAAGUGCAAAGCACCAUUGUUAAGCCUCCUCCACUCCAAGAAAUGAACACUGUUAGUGCUGCUACUACUAAUGAUGAUGGUGAUCCAAAAAAAGAGGCUCAGUCAACUGCUUCAUCUUCUUCUCCAUCUGCAAAGGAUAAACAAAUUACAAAGUUGGAGAUACAACCAGUAUAGUAGGAUUUUCUGACCAAGACAUGGAUUUUCUUUUUUCUUUUUAGAAAAAGACUACUACUCACUCUUAUAAUAUUCUAAAUAAAAAAAUAGGAUAAACUAUGUUGAU